AUGGGCAAGCAGGAGCUCCAAGUCCUGAACGCUCUCGACGUCGCAAAAACCCAACUUUACCACUACACAGCCAUCGUCAUCGCCGGAAUGGGAUUCUUCACCGACGCCUACGAUCUCUUCUGCAUCUCUCUCGUCACCAAACUCAUCGGCCGGAUCUACUACCACGUCGAAGGCUCCGACACGCCUGGUUCACUUCCCCCCAACGUCUCCUCUGCCGUCAACGGAGUUGCCUUCUGCGGCACUCUCUCCGGCCAACUCUUCUUCGGCUGGCUCGGCGACAAACUAGGCAGGAAAAAAGUUUACUGCGUGACACUCGGACUGAUGAUCGUCUGUUCGCUGGCAUCCGGCCUCUCCUUCGGCCGCUCACCCGCCGGUGUUAUGGCGACACUCUGUUUCUUUAGACGACGGUGGCAGUGCAAUGGAGGACACGUCGACUUGCACCGGCGGCAGCGGCAGGGAGUUGAAACCUGCUGCAACGCCACCGACCAUUGUGAUGACUAG